AUGGCCGCACCACAAAGCACGUCGAUCAACGCGAUAACAGCAACUCCGGACAUGAAAUGGGUUUUUUCGGGGGGCACAGACGGCUAUGUUAGAAUGUAUAAUUGGGUGGAUACAGCGAACGGCAAAGUGCCACUCACGGUAGCGCAAAAGCAUCCGUUCGUAGACAGCGUGAUGAAGGCUGGGUCGCUGGUCACAUACUGGGAGAACGAAGAGGCUUCAACGCUGAAAACGCCGCCAUCACAGCCCGACGAGGGCAAGUGGACCAGCCCGGUGUAUUCUCUGGCCGUUCAACACCAAGCGACUUGGCUUCUCUCAGGCUUGGAGUCAGGAGGAAUCAAUUUGCAGACUUGCCGACACCACGCUGGCACUCGGAUAACGACGUUGAAAGGACACACCAGCGCUGUCUCUGUUUUGUCUCUUUCCUUGGACGAGACGAGUCUCCUGUCGGGUAGUUGGGACAAGAACAUCUUCGAUUGGGACCUCAACGCGGGCAAGGUGAAGCGCUCUUUCGGAGGCUCAGGAAGUCAGAUAUCUGCAAUGGAAAUCCGACCGAUGAGCGAUACACCCGUGCCAGAAGUUACCGAGACACAGCCGGAGCCCACCAGCGGCACGUUCUCCAGCAACAACGCGGACAAAUCGCUGUCGAACGGCGCUUUCGCAAGUGCUCCUGGCCGCCGACCUUCCCGUAUGGGUGAUGGCGAAGAAGAUGCAAUGGGCUCGCCAGACGGCAGUCUAUUUGGCGAUAAUGACCAUGGUUCGCUUUUUGGAGAAGACACCGCCGCUGGGGGUGGGGCCAAUGCGUUUGGCGAAGACGAUGACGAUCUCACGCGGGCCUUGCAGGAUGAGAUGUCAAACACAGAGCAAGACGCAGCCGGUGAGGCUGAUGCUGAGAUGUCGGGGCUGCGUAGUGGUGGCUCAGUACAGCCUCCUGAUGCUGCUCCUGUAGAGUCCGGUGAGGCUGCUUCCGGUGCAGUCGAUGGCCAGUCGAAUGGGACGGCUAGUGGUGAAAUCAGUGAGCCCAGUGCCAUCCUAACAAACGGUCUCCCGCACUCGGACGAGCCUCUGACGGCCCCGCCGACCAACGAGGAUCAGAGAUCGACAACCGCGGACCUCCCACCUCAGUCGGAGUCGACUUUUCUGGAUGCGGCAAUCGACGGAACGCUGCGAAUAUGGGAUCGCCGAAUGCCAACAGCUGUCGCAACGAUCCUACCUUAUGGUGGCACUCCGCCAUGGUGCACUGGAGCAUGUUGGAGCCCCGAUGGCAAUUUCUUCUAUGCGGGACGCAGAAUCAGCACAGUCGAGGAGUAUUCAAUACACCAUCUGGGUAGCAAGCGAUCCGAGCCCAAUCGUACUUUCAAGUUUCAGAACGGCAGUGGACCGGUCUAUGCGGUGAGAGCGAUGCCAAAUAAGAAGCAUCUCGUAUGGUAAGUCGCCCGAGGACAUUCACCACCGUUACUCCCGCAGCUAAACGAACUUGCAGUGCUUCGCACGACAUCCUGCGCAUAUACGAUCUCAAACAAGCCGAAACGAAGCACAAGACAGUCCCCUUCACCAUCGUUCCAGGCCACCGUGGAGGUGUCAUCUCUUCCGUCUACAUCGAUCCCUCUUGUCGAUUCAUGCUCUCAGCUGCUGGUAAUCGCGGAUGGGAGGGAAAUACCACAGAGGUAUUGCUAGGGUACGAAAUUGGCUUUCAGGAUGAAAAGGGCAUUUGGCAUAGAUGA